UCGUUUUGUAUUCUGAUGAUGCAGGAAAAAAGAUGAAAUUUUUCUCUUGAAAAAAUAAAUUAUUUCGCAAGUGUAAAUAUAAAGAAGGGCGUGUGAUGAAAGUCAGAUAGUUACGGUGGUUAGCUGGUCAGAGUUGUUAAUUGUUAAUUUUUCUCCCUCGAUUUCUUUUCUUCUUCUAAUUCUCUCUUCGAUUUUUAAGCUCUUUAGCUUUGUUAAGGUGAAGCCUUAACAUGAUUAAACUACUCUUUGUUCGUUUUUCUUAAAUAUCUUCUUUUUCAUGAAUUUGUUGCCCAAAGGCAAAGUGGCAUGUUGAGUCUGCAGAUGGCUAAGUUCAUGGGGGAAUUCUUUGUGUUGAAUGUUGAUCGCUUCUGUUUGGCUCUGGCUAGCAAAAAGAUACAUGCUACGUUUACCAUGGGUAUCCUCCUGAUCUCGGAGGUAAAACAAGCAGUUUUGGUUUGCGUAGGGAGGUGGGAAGAUGGGUUUGGAGGCAUUGGUUUGGUAUUGUCGACCUAUGGCAAAUGGGGUUUGGGCAAAAGAAGUGGAUAAUGCAUUUGGUGCUUACACUCCCUGUGCCAUUGACUCCCUAGUCAUUUGCAUUUCUCAUCUGGUUCUUCUUGGUCUGUGCUUGUAUCGAAUAUGGUUGAUUAUUGACAACAAUACCAAAGUUCAAAAAUACUGUCUCAGGACAAAUUACUAUAAUUACAUGCUGGGUUUUUUGGCUGCUUACUGCACAGUUCAGCCUUUAUUAAGGUUGUUUAUGGAUGUCUCAAUCUUCAACCUGGAUGGCCAGACUUCCCUUUCUCCCUUCGAGCUGGUCUCCUUGAUUGUUGAGGCCCUUGCCUGGUGUUCCACUCUUAUCAUGAUUGGUUUGGAAACAAAAAUAUACAUUCGACAGUUUCGAUGGUAUGUGCGGUUUGGAGUCAUUUAUGUGUUGGUAGGGGAAGCGGCAAUGCUCAAUCUCAUACUGUCAGUGAGUGAUUACUACAGUAGAUUUACAUUGUAUAUGUAUAUCAGCACGGUUUUCUGCCAGGUUUUGCUUGGCAUUCUUCUACUUGUUUAUAUUCCCAAUUUGGAUCCUUAUCCAGAUUAUGUUAUGAUGGAAUCUGAGUCUCUUGAUAAUUGUGAAUAUGAAGCACUUCCUGGAAGAGAGCAAAUAUGUCCUGAGAGGCACGCCAACUUAUUUUCUAGAAUAUUUUUUGGAUGGUUGACUCCACUCAUGAAGCAAGGCCAUAAAAGACCUAUUACUGAAAAGGAUGUUUGGAAGUUAGACACAUGGGACCAGACUGAGACAUUGAUAAAAAACUAUUGCAGGUUCCAGACUUGUUGGGUUGAAGAAUCUAAAAGGCCACAGCCACGUCUCUUAAGAGCACUAAACAAUAGUCUUGGGGGAAGGUUUUGGUUGGGAGGAUUUUUUAAGAUUGGCAAUGAUCUUUCUCAAUUUGUGGGACCUAUUGUAUUGAGCCACCUCUUGCAGUCAAUGCAACGAGGUGAUCCAGCUUGGAUUGGUUAUAUCUAUGCCUUCAUAAUUUUCCUUGGGGUGUUGUUCGGUGCGCUUUGUGAAUCUCAGUUUUUCCAGAAUGUUAUGCGUGUUGGUUUUCAGCUGAGGUCAACUCUGGUGGCUGCUAUAUUUCGUAAAUCCUUGAAAUUAACUCAUGAGGGUCGAAAGAACUUUCCAUCAGGUAAGAUAACAAAUAUGAUCACAACAGAUGCCAAUGCACUUCAGCAAAUAUGCCAACAACUUCAUGGAUUAUGGUCUGCUCCAUUUCGUAUCACCAUCUCCAUGGUUCUUCUUUACCAACAAUUAGGUGUUGCUUCACUUUUUGGCUCACUAAUGCUUGUUCUCAUGGUCCCCACACAAACAAUUUUGAUGAGCAAGAUGAGAAAGCUAACUAAGGAAGGAUUGCAUAGGACAGACAAAAGAGUUAGCCUCAUGAAUGAAAUCUUAGCUGCCAUGGAUGUUAUGAAAUGUUAUGCAUGGGAGAAGAGCUUUCAAUCCAGAAUUCAAAGUGUGCGGGAUGAUGAGUUGUCAUGGUUUCGCGGUGCACAAUUACUAUCGGCUUUCAAUAGUUUUAUACUGAACAUCAUCCCAGUUAUUGUGACACUGGUUUCAUUCGGCACGUUCACCUUGCUUGGCGGAGAUUUGACACCUGCAAGGGCAUUUACGUCACUCUCUCUGUUUCAAGUCUUAAGAUCUCCUCUAAACAUGCUUCCUAACUUACUAAGCCAGGUUGUAAAUGCAAAUAUAUCAUUGCAACGCUUGGAGGAACUGUUUUUAGCUGAAGAGAGAAUUUUAGCACCAAAUCUGCCUCUUAAACUUGGAAUUCCAGCUAUCUCAAUUGAAAAUGGGAACUUUUUAUGGGAUUCAAAGCUAGAAAAGCCAACGUUGUCAGAUAUCAAUUUAAAAAUACAAGUUGGCAGCUUAGUUGCAAUUGUUGGCGGGACUGGAGAAGGAAAAACAUCUCUUAUAUCAGCAAUGCUUGGAGAACUGCCUCCUAUGGAAGAUGCAAGUGUAGUUAUAAGAGGGACUGUUGCAUAUGUUCCUCAAGUUUCAUGGAUCUUCAAUGCUACUGUGCGUGACAACAUAUUAUUUAGGUCAGAAUAUGAACCUUCACGCUAUUGGAAAGCUAUUGAUGUAACUGCAUUACAACAUGAUCUCGACUUGCUUCCAGGCCAUGACCUCACUGAGAUAGGUGAAAGAGGAGUCAAUAUUAGUGGAGGGCAGAAGCAAAGAGUUUCCAUGGCUAGGGCUGUCUACUCCAAUUCAGAUGUAUACAUAUUCGAUGACCCUUUAAGCGCUUUAGAUGCUCAUGUUGGUCGACAGGUCUUCAACAGUUGUAUUAAGGACGAGUUGCAAGGAAAAACCAGGGUUCUUGUCACCAACCAGCUACAUUUUCUUCCACAAGUGGAUAAAAUUAUUCUUCUCAGUGAAGGUAUGAUUAAAGAGGAGGGAACCUUUGAGGAACUCUCUGAAAAUGGCAAGCUGUUCCAGAAGCUGAUGGAAAAUGCAGGGAAAAUGGAAGAGCUAGUGGAAGAAAAGAACAGUGAAAAUUUGGACUGCAAAAGCUUAAAACCAGCAGCUAAUGGGGGAAAUGAUUUGCCACAAAAAGCAGGUUACAAGAUGAAAGUGAAAGGAGGGAAAUCUGUACUUAUCAAGCAAGAAGAACGUGAAACAGGUGUUGUCAGUUGGAAUGUUUUGAUUAGGUAUAACAAUGCAUUAGGAGGCAUAUUGGUGGUUUUAAUAAUCUUUUUGUGCUACUUAUUAACUGAAGUUCUUCGAGUUUCAAGAAGUACAUGGUUGAGUGUUUGGACUAAUCAAAGUACUUUGGAGAGUUAUAAGCCAGGAUACUACAUUUUCGUGUAUGCACUUCUAUCAUUUGGUCAGGUGAUUGUGACUCUAGUGAACUCUUAUUGGUUAAUCAGUUCAAGUCUUCAUGCAGCCAAAAGACUUCAUGAUGCCAUGCUAGACUCUAUCCUACGAGCUCCCAUGCUAUUUUUCCACACUAACCCAUCUGGGAGAAUAAUCAAUAGGUUUGCGAAGGAUCUAGGUGAAAUAGAUCGUAACGUGGCCAAUAUUGCCAACAAUUUUCUAAACCAAGCCUGGCAGCUGUUUUCAACUUUUGUGCUGAUAGGCAUUGUGAGCACAAUAUCAUUGUGGGCUGUUAUGCCACUUCUGAUCUUGUUUUAUUCAGCCUAUCUAUAUUAUCAGAGCACAUCCCGUGAAGUGAAACGUCUGGAUUCCAUUACCAGGUCUCCAGUUUAUGCACAAUUUGGAGAAGCGUUAAAUGGUUUGUCAAGUAUUCGUGCAUAUAAAGCAUAUGAUUGGAUGGCAAUCAUCAAUGGGAAGUCUAUGGACAAUAAUAUCAGGUUUACUCUGGUAAAUAUGAGUUCAAAUCACUGGCUCACCAUAAGGUUGGUAACACUAGGAGGGAUCAUGAUUUGGUUGAUAGCAACAUUUGCAGUUUUGGGGAAUGGAAGAACAGAAAAUCAUGUGGAAUUUGCAUCUGAAAUGGGUCUACUACUUAGUUAUACUUUGAACAUCACUGGUCUGUUGAGUAAUGUUCUAAGACAUGCUAGUAGAGCUGAAAAUAGCUUAAACUCUGUUGAGCGUGUUGGCACAUACAUGGAUUUACCCUCCGAAGCUCCUGCCAUUGUCGAGACCAAUCGUCCUCCUCCUGCAUGGCCUUCGUCAGGAUCAAUUAAAUUCCGAGAUGUUGUUCUGCGUUACAGACCCGAGCUUCCUCCAGUCUUACAUCAUUUGUCCUUUGAAGUCUCUCCUAGUGAAAAGCUAGGAAUAGUUGGAAGAACAGGAGCAGGGAAAUCUAGCAUGCUAAAUGCACUGUUCCGUAUUGUAGAACUGGAAAGAGGAGAAAUCACCAUUGAUGGUUGUGACGUUGCUAAGUUUGGACUCACAGAUUUGCGGAAAAUUCUCAGUAUCAUACCCCAAUCACCAGUUCUCUUCUCAGGAACUGUGCGAUUUAAUCUCGAUCCAUUUAGUGAACACAAUGAUGCUGACCUAUGGGAGGCUUUGGAGAGGGCACAUUUAAAGGAUGCCAUUAGAAAUAAUUCUUUUGGUCUGGAUGCUGAGGUUUUUGAGGGAGGGGAGAAUUUUAGUGUUGGACAGAGACAACUACUAAGUCUCGCACGAGCGCUGCUGCGAAGAUCUAAGAUUCUUGUUCUUGAUGAAGCUACUGCUUCUGUUGAUGUUAGAACCGAUGCUCUUAUCCAGAAAACCAUUCGAGAAGAAUUCAGAUCGUGCACAAUGCUAGUCAUCGCUCACAGACUAAAUACCAUUAUUGACUGCGACAGAAUUCUUGUGCUUGAGGCUGGUCAGGUCUUAGAACAUGGCACCCCAGAGGAACUGCUACUACCAAACGAAGGAAGCGCAUUCUCUAGGAUGGUUCAAAGUACUGGUCCAGCAAAUGCUCAAUACUUGUAUAGCCUGGUGUUUGAAAGUAAAGAGAAUAAGUUGAGUAAAAGGAAGAAUGAUCAUAGAUGGAUAGACUCUUCAAGAUGGGCUGCUGCUGCCCAACUGGCCCUGGUUGUUAGUCUCACUUCUUCGGAGAAUGGUCUUCCAAUGUUAGAUGUUGAAGACGAGGACAACAUCCUCAGGAAAACGAAAGAUGCAGUUAUAAGGCUGCAGGAUGUCCUGGUGGGGAAGUAUGAUGAAGCGAUAUGUGAUACACAGCAACAGAGCCAAGUUCCCCAAGAUGGAUGGUGGUCAGCUUUCUACAGAAUGAUUGAAGGUUUGGCUGUAAUGGGCAGGUUGUCACGCGGUAGGCAUCAACAAUAUGAUUAUGAAAACGAACCCCUUGAUUGAGAUGAUUUGAAAAUUUAGGAAACAAUGGGAAAUUCGAUGUUCUAAGAAAUGAGUCUAGUCUGCACCUCAACAGAGAAAGCUGGUAACUCGAUUUUGAGCGAUCAUCCAGUAGCAAAUUUCAGAUGGGACUGCUGAAAGUAAAGAGAACCUCUGCUACAUAAACUUUUGAUGUACAAUUGAAAUCCCCACAUAUUGUAUUAGUUAUCAUAGUCAAUCCCAUUUCAGGGGAAUUUAGCAUUGAUCUGAACUUGAGGAACUAGGCUGGUAUUAGGGUUUUCGGACCACUGCAUGAUAUUGGCAAGGCAAAAGAGUUCCAGUUUGUAAGCAUAAUUUUCAUCAAUGAAUACAAGUUUUCUUUCAA